UCCCUGUUGUUUCUUGUUUGUCAACUGCUGAGUAGGUUAGGUUAUAAUACAAUAAUGUUGUCAAUAACAAAACUUAUUUGAAAUAGCAAAUAGACACUUUUUUCAAAUAUCUCUAUCAUAUAUUGAUAAAGUUUAAACCUAUUAUUACAGUUAAUUAUUCUGACGUUUCUAUUUUCUUUCUUUUAUAAAAGGUUUUAUGCGGCAUGUUUUGCUUAACCUAAAUUGAAUAUUGUAGCUUGAUUUUUGGAAAGGUAUACUUGUAAAAUUCUAUCACUUGAAACUAUCAAACUAUUUUUAUUAUUCAGUUCACAAUUUAAAAAUGGGUGGUGGAACAAGAAGAUUUAAAAGAGGUAACCGGCAUAUGGCAAAUAAACGAAGGGAAAAGAAGAAUAUUGCAGACGGUGAAGAUCCAAGAGGACCUCGAAAACAUUACGAAGACAUUAUAAGGAACAAUCCGAAUUUUGAAACAUAUUACAUCAAACAACAGAUUGUACCAGAAAUAGAAUUUUCCGAGUUUCUGGCUGCUCUAAGAAGAGAUCUGCCCACUGCAUUCCGCAUUUCAACUUGCUCUGUGUCUGAAGCUCAGGCAUUGCUGAAGAUUGUUGAAGGUGACCUAUUCAAAGGUUUGCUUGAAGAGGCUUUAACUGGACAAGAAGGCGAAGUUGGGGCCAAACCCUUCUGUCUUCCUUGGUACCCGUCUCGCCUGGGAUGGCAGUUGCAGAUCACUCGCAAGGAUAUUCGUCGAUCAGAGAACUAUUUUCGACUGCAUAAUUUCUUGAUAUCGGAAACUGCGAGUGGGAACAUCAGCCGCCAGGAGACUGUCAGCAUGAUCCCUCCACUUCUACUCGACGUGCAGCCCGAGCAUAAGGUUUUGGACAUGUGCGCAGCUCCUGGGUCCAAAACUGCGCAGCUUAUUGAGUCCAUGUACACCAAGGACAAUUCAGUACCAAGUGGACUUGUGAUUGGAAAUGACAUAGACAACAGUAGGUGUUAUAUGCUGGUUCAUCAAGCUAAAAGGUUAAAUAGCCCGUGCGUUAUUGUAACCAAUCAUGACUCAACCAAUAUGCCUAAUUUUCACCUCUCCGAUAAAGAUGGUAACAAAACUGUGAUGAAGUUUGACAGGAUUCUGUGUGAUGUGCCUUGUACUGGAGAUGGUACACUCAGGAAAAACGCUGAUAUUUGGACAAAAUGGAAUACUGCCAAUGGAAAUAAUUUGCACGGUGUUCAGUUUCGAGUAGUGAAGAGAGCACUUGAGAUGUUAUCGAUUGGUGGUAGAGUUGUGUAUUCAACAUGUUCAUUGAAUCCCAUUGAAAACGAAGCUGUGAUGCACAGGAUGAUUGUAGAAUCGGAAGGUGCAGUCCAAUUGGUCGAUGAACGUUCUCGACUAACAGGGCUUGUUUCCCGUCCUGGUAUUUCCAAAUGGUUCCCAGCAUCCCGCGAUAUGGUGAUGUACGAUUCUUAUGACACUGUGCCGGAGAAAUUUGAUACACAAGUUAGACCUCAAAUGUUCCCUCCCAAGCAAGGAGAAGAGGAUCAAUUUCAUCUGGAUAGAUGUAUAAGAAUCCUUCCACACGAUCAAGACACUGGCGGAUUCUUUGUUGCUGUCCUCGAGAAGACCCGACGACUGCCUUGGGAGGCUGAAGCGAGCAGCUCAGAGGAUGCUGGCGGCAAAAACGACUCGGAAGAGGUGGCUGAAUCAGCCGAGAAUGGAAAGCGCUCAUCCAGAAAUGGACCCGAUAAAAAGAAGAGGCGCAUCCAGGGAUACAAAGAAGAUCCUUUCGUUUUCUUUGAUGAAUCCGAACCUGUUUGGCCAUCUUUGAGAGAGUUUUUCGAUCUCGAUGCCGAAAUACUGAAUGGGCUUCUCACGAGAUGUGCCGUUGGCAAGAAGAAAAAUAUCUACUUCACGUCGCCAGCUGUCAAGCAGAUCCUUCUAAACAAUCAAGAAAGAGUGAAGAUAAUCAACUCCGGUGUGAAGUGCUUCGUUCGUUGUGAUAAUAAGAAAGAAGAAGGCACUUGCAACUUCCGCUUGGCUCAAGAAGGAUUGGCGUCGAUAACACGAUUUGUGGGUGGAAAACGCCGCAUCAAAGUCUCCCGCAGCGACAUGGCAACGUUGCUUGCCAACUCUGACCCCAAAGCCCCCACCCAGAUUUCAGUGCUUGAACCAGCAACACAAGAAGCUGUGGCCAAGCUUGAGCAUGGCAGUUGUAUUCUUGACUAUGAGGGAGAUGAUGGCCUGACGAUUUCGUUGGUCGGGUGGCGUGGUGUGCACUCGAUGAGAGCGUACAUCGCCAUCAGUGACAGUGUCCAUUAUUUGAGGCUUCUCGGUGAGGAUGUCUCUAAAUUCGAGGUCAACAAAUUCAAAAAAGAAAGUGCAAUAGAGAAUAUCGCUGAACUUGACGUCUUGAAAGAAGACUCUGUUUUGGAUUCUUCAAUUAAAGAAGAUGUAGAUGAAAAAACAGAAAAGGAGGAAGAGAAAAGGUUAUGACAAUGAA